AUGUUGAGCCUACAACUGAUGAGACUGAAGAAAAGUUCUUCAGUGGUGUUUUGGGGGAUAUUUCUCAGAAUUCUCAGCAGAGUACACCAUAGAAAGCUGAAAUUUUCAUUAGGAGAAGAGAUGUUCAUGCUAUUCGCUGUUGGAGGACAGAGUGGUCAGAGGCUGCUGUUUCCAUCAGGGUUAAGGAGAAUAUGUGAAAAGUGGAGAAAGGUUUUCCAGAUAGUGAGAAUAACACUUAUUCUCCAGAUAGGGAGAAUAAGCACCAAGGUGACUGUCUGGGAGCAAGCCCACCACACUAACUUCUCCUCUGUCACAGAGUUCCUGCUGCUGGGAUUCUCCAACCUCGGGGAAACCCAGCUGAUCCUUUUUGCUGUUUUUCUGUGCCUGUACCUGGUCAUUCUGACUGGGAACAUCACCAUCGUGACAGUCAUCCGCCUGGACCGCAGCCUCCACAUACCCAUGUACUUCUUCCUAGGGGUCCUCUCUAUCUCUGAAACCUGCUACACCUUUGUCAUCCUGCCCAAGAUGCUGGUCAAUCUCCUGUCUCUGCUCAGAACUAUCUCCUUUGUCAACUGUGCCAUUCAGAUGUUCUUCUUUCUUGGCUUUGCUGUCACCAAUUGCAUGCUCCUGGGGGUGAUGGGCUAUGACCGCUAUGCUGCCAUCUGUCACCCACUUCGGUACCCUGUCCUCAUGAGGUGGCAGGUGUGUGGUCAGCUGGCAGCUGCAUGUGCUGCCAUUGGCUUUCUCUUUUCUAUGACAGGCUCCUUCUUAGUCUUUGAGCUCCCUUACUGUGGCCCCAACAAGAUCAACCACUACUUCUGUGAUAUCUCCCCAGUGAUCAGGCUGGCCUGUACUGACACCUAUGUCAAUGAGCUGAUCAUCUUCAUUGGUGGGGUCCUAGCUUUAAUGGUCCCCUUGACAUUCAUCUGCAUCUCCUAUGGCUUCAUUGUCCACACCAUCGUGAAGAUCCCCUCCACAGAGGGCAAGCUCAAAGCAUUUUCCACCUGUGCCUCCCAUCUCACUGUGGUCAUUGUCCAUUAUGGCUGUGCUUCUUUUGUCUACCUGAGACCCUCAUCCAAGUACUCAUUCAGCAAAGACAGGCUGGUGACUGUGACUUACACUGUGGUCACCCCAUUACUGAACCCCAUGGUGUACAGUCUCAGGAACAAAGAUGUUCAGUUGGCCAUUCGGAAAGUGAUUGGCAGAAGAGGAUUCUUUCCCAAAAACCUGUAA